GCCUGGGCGGGGCGGCGCGGCGGCCGCUGGCGGCGGUUGCUGGAGCGCGGCGGCGGCCCGGGAGGCGCCGAGGGCGGCGGGCGCGGCAGCGGCGGCGGGCGCGGGCGGCGGGCGGGGGAAGAUGGCGGAGCUCGGUAAGAAGUACUGCGUGUACUGCCUAGCCGAGGUGAGCCCGCUGCGCUUCCGCUGCACCGAGUGCCAGGAUAUCGAGCUCUGCCCGGAGUGCUUUUCUGCCGGCGCCGAGAUCGGCCACCACCGCCGCUACCACGGCUACCAGCUGGUGGACGGCGGGCGCUUCACGCUGUGGGGGCCCGAGGCCGAGGGCGGCUGGACCAGCCGCGAGGAGCAGCUGCUGCUGGAUGCCAUCGAGCAGUUCGGCUUCGGAAACUGGGAAGACAUGGCUGCUCACGUUGGCGCUUCCCGGACUCCCCAGGAAGUGAUGGAGCAUUACGUAAGCAUGUACAUCCACGGCAACCUGGGGAAGGCCUGCAUCCCCGACACCAUCCCCAAUCGGGUGACAGACCACACCUGCCCCAGUGGAGGCCCCCUGUCUCCCAGCCUCACUACCCCCUUGCCUCCCCUAGACAUCUCGGUGGCCGAGCAGCAGCAGCUGGGCUACAUGCCGCUGCGGGACGACUAUGAGAUCGAGUAUGACCAGGACGCCGAGACGCUCAUCAGCGGGCUCUCGGUCAACUACGACGACGACGACGUGGAGAUCGAGCUCAAGCGCGCGCACGUGGACAUGUACGUGCGGAAGCUCAAGGAGCGGCAGCGGCGGAAGAACAUCGCGCGCGAUUACAACCUGGUGCCGGCCUUUCUGGGGAAGGACAAGAAGGAGAAGGAGAAGGCGGCCAAGCGCAAGAUCACCAAGGAGGAGAAGGAGCUGCGGCUGAAGCUGCGGCCGCUCUACCAGUUCAUGUCCUGCAAGGAGUUCGACGACCUGUUCGAGAACAUGCACAAGGAGAAGCUGCUGCGCGCCAAGAUCCGCGAGCUGCAGCGGUACCGGCGGAACGGCAUCACCAAGAUGGAGGAGUCGGCGGAGUACGAGGCGGCCCGCCACAAGCGCGAGAAGAGGAAGGAGAACAAGAGCUCGGCGGGCGCCAAGCGGGGGCGCGAGGACGGCAAGGACGGCGAGUUCGCCGCCAUCGAGAACCUGCCGGGCUUCGAGCUGCUGUCGGACCGCGAGAAGGUGCUCUGCAGCUCUUUAAACUUGAGCCCCGCUCGCUACGUGACCGUGAAAACCAUCAUCAUCAAAGACCACCUCCAGAAGCGGCAAGGAAUCCCCUCCAAAAGUCGCCUUCCUAGUUACCUGGACAAAGUCCUCAAGAAAAGGAUUUUAAACUUCCUCACGGAGAGUGGUUGGAUAUCCAGGGAUGCUUCCUGAAGCCCAGUCCUCCGAAGCCGGCGUGACCUUGACCUGCAGCGCUUGUGAGCCAAAACGACUGGGGUGGGGCUGGGGGAAGGAACCGCUUUUCCCCGUUGUUGCUCUUUUGUAAGCAAAUUGAGUUCCUUUUUUUAGGAUAUAAAUUCUUUUCAUGGUCCUCUGAAAGAAGCAAUAGUAACAAUCUUAUCAUCAGAUCAUGGGGGAAGCAAAUACAUGUACAUUGUAUCGUAGUCCUGAAAGUAAUACAUUAAGAUGACGAUUUGCCUUUAUGUGUUCAGUUUGGAGAAUACGAUGAGAUUAGAUAAUUCCUCUUGUGAGUUUCUUCCCUUUGGUACACAACUAUUGUGCCAGGGUAAAAGGAGCAACUCUCCUUGCUGGCCCACCAGCUGCCAGCUUUACCCUGUGGCACGUGGCACUUUAGAUGGUGGCCAGAGAGGGCAGGUAGGAAGUGAGGCCCAAGGACAGGAGGAGGCACCCUUGGAACUUGGGGAGGCAGCUGGUGUUGAACACAAACAAGCUUCCCUUUAACUGUUGGCAGCGGCAGAGUUUGAGCUCGUAGUUCCCAAACCGCCCCUUGCCUCGUGCACUCUGGGCAGAGCCUGCUGGCUCACUUUGGGAAAAGGCAGUGCCCAGGCAGGCUUCCGUGGGGCAGCACGUCACACGUCAGCGGGAGCACACAGGACCCAUGUGGACGGCCAGAACUGAGCCAGCUGUCCUGGGGGCUCUGCUGGCCGCGUUUUGUGCUGAGCGCCGAAGGUUCCCAGCUGAGUUCUGAGUUCCCACAGUGCCCUCCGGGGGGUCUCCUUGUCAGUUCUCUUUUCACUGAAACUCUGACCAAGCCGGCCUGGCUAAGCAUCUUAACUGCCCGUGCGCCAGGGGCUCUGCACACCAGCCAGGAGACAUGGGCCAGCUCACAUGCUGGUCCUCCCCGAAGCCGGAGCGCAGCUUCUCUGGGUCAGUGUCGUAAACCAGACUCAGAUGUGGCUUCUGGCCAGCUCUGUUCAGCAGUUUUUCCAGGGGCCCUCCUUCAUGGACCACAUGGUACCUUCCCUCUGGAACUUGUUAGUCAUUUGUCUUCCUGCUGCUCAGGGGUCUCAUGUACAAGACCCUGCUUUCGAGUCUGGCGUGACCGUAGACCCAGCACUCAUUCCUCUUGCUGGCCCUGGCUCUCCGACCCCGUAGCUACCAAGACACUGUUUACCUCCCAGAAUGUUUGUUUGGGCCUGAAGUUACAGUGAAGUGAUUGGAAGAAAAAACCCAUCAUUAUUUCCAAGGGUGACUUAAUUACGGUGCCUUUUCCUUUCUUUUGACAUCCUUCUGUCCCCUAGGGUAAAUUUGUCAGCAUUAAAGAAAACAUUUCCUACGUGUUGUAUGUAGCUUUAGUCACCAAGUCCCGUGCAUGCCGGCCAAGUGUGCUCCCUGUUAGCUAAGCCCAGGACUUCUCCUGGACGGGAGCAGAUAGUGAGCCACCGGUGACAUUACUGAGGGCAGGCACCUCCACUGUCCCCUGCGGGCUAACUGCCACGGAUGAGCAGGAAUUGUCUUCCACUGAGCAGUGAGGGGGAGAGGCUGCUAAGGGUUUACAGGUUCAGCCAGUGGUUCUCACCCGGGGCUCCUGGACCAGCAGCAUCAGCCUCCCCUGGGAAGCGGUUAAAAUGCAGACACCCAGGCCCCACCCGCCCUCCUGAGUCCAAAACGAGGGGAGGAGCCCAUGGAGCUGUUUGUCUGAAGCUGCCAGGUGAUCGGACUAACAUUUGAGAACCACUGGCUUUCGCUACGGGGGUAUCGUCAUUCAUUGAUUUUUCUACAGCAGAUGCCUAGUUUGCUGAGGUUUUAAAUUUAGUCUUCAUAUAAAAUGAUUGCCGGACUUUCACUCAGCUUGAGAAGCAAAACAUCCCUGUAAAUGUGCAGCCCAGGCUAAGACCUGUCAAAUGAAAAACUUUGUGCUUAAGCAGGUUUUUCGUAUGUAUGUCUUUUUGGUGGUAUGAAGAAUUUAUUUAGGCUUGACUGUUUUAAAACACCAUAAUGAAUGUAUAAUUAAUUUAUGUUAAAGUAUUAACACUUUGUUACAAGGGAAAAGAUAAGUUUUGAUGGGUUGCCUUUAUCCCGUCAACUCCUGCAAUUCUUACUGUCACAUGAGUCCCUGCCCCACGUUAGCUCAGAGCCUUUACAUUUCUACAUUUCUCACCGUAAAUUAGUCACCAUCAUUCCAUGGAAUUAGGGCUUUUCAGAAUUUAAACUCGAACUUUGAGUCAAGUUUGGUAACUCAGCUUUUCAAAUACUCUCUGGAUGGCCAACAUUCUAAGAAUGUAUUAAAGCAGAAACUCCGACUACCAUUUUUAUUGCCCUUUUACAUAUUAAACAAGUUGAGAACAAAAUAGUGUCACUGAUUGCUUCUUACCACCUGCUCCUCGAGCCUUCAGCGGCUUUUCAGAGCCAGCUUUCAAAAACAGGCUGGGGACAGCAUGUGACAUGUUAGCCCCCCCCUUCCGUCAAAUCAGUUUUUCCUCCAAACCAGUGGCGUUGUUAAGCAGGAACCCUUUCAUGCCCCCUGCCCUCCAAGUAGUGAUGCACGAGAGAGAGGCGCGUCCCCCAUGGAGCCCCGCGGCGCCGCGCUGUGCAGGCCAUCGUUAAGUAGAGCGUGUUGUCCACACCACCGUGUCGGGCUCACUGCCAAACCCGGAAACGCACAUGGUUACCAGCUCCAAUUCCCAGGUCCUCCCAUCGUGGUUAUAAUGCCGACGGGAUGCGUGGGAACCUAACCCUUGUGUCAAGCAGCCUGUGGUAACACUGGUCUCGUACCAUUUCACUUGAUGUCGCAGAACCUGUUGAUGCUAAGUGACGACUCACUAGGUAAUGAAACGCUUUCCUUUUAGUGGUGACUGGAUGACUGGCGUGCAGAACGAGCUCACUGCCUGGAAGCUGCCCAGGCUGUAGGGCGAGGCCUCU